AUGCAACAAUUUGGCUAUAACCCUCCUACUGCUUAUAAGAGACUUAACGAAGUUGGUGACGGAACUUACGGUGUGGUUUACAAAGCAGAGAAUACCCAGACUGGUGACAUAGUAGCCCUGAAGAAAAUCAAACUAGAUGUGCAAAAUGAGGGAAUUCCAAGCACGGCUAUUAGAGAAAUUGCCCUUUUAAGAGAAAUUGAGCAUGAAAAUAUUGUACAGCUCCUGGACGUUGUCAGUACAGAGACGCAGCUCCAACUAAUUUUUCAGUAUAUGGAUAGAGACUUGAAGGAGUUUAUAGAACAGAAGAAGACAAGUGGCAACAAGAUAGAUAAUCUCACAAUUAAGAGCAUAAUGUGCCAAAUUUUGAGAGGAGUGGCUGAUUGCCAUGCUAAGAGAAUUUUGCACAGAGAUAUUAAACCUCAGAAUAUAUUAUUAAAUGAUGAAGGCGAGGUUAAAAUUGCGGAUUUUGGAUUGGCAAGAGCCUUUCAGGUGCCAAUAAGACCAUACACUCAUGAAGUAGUGACUCUAUAUUAUAGAGCCCCUGAAAUCCUCCUUAGUUCUGUUGAAUACUCUACAGCCGUAGAUAUCUGGUCGGUGGGUUUAGUUUUCGCGGAACUAUAUAACCAAACUCCACUUCUCCAAGGAGAUAGCGAAAUUGACCAGAUUUUUAAAGUAUUUUCUCUUCUCGGACAUCCGACUGAAGAAGAAUGGCCUGGGGUUACAGAAAUGAAAAACUAUAAAAAGACUUUUCCUCAGUGGAAGCCUCAAAAUCUGGCAGAAAGAGUUCCUGGUAUGGAUGAGCUUGGUAUUGAUCUUCUCUCCAAGAUGCUUGCUCUUGAUCCAGCUAAGAGAAUCAGUGCUGAUGCUGCGCUUUCUCAUCCUUUCUUUGAUGAUUUGAACCAAUUGAUCGAGGAACAGAACGCCGAAUUCGGAUCGUAAUUCUUCUUAUCAAUCUUUGGUAA